CCAGGGCUGGAGGCCCUUCCUGGCUCCUUCCCGGCUCCCUCCCGGCUCCUUCCCAGCUCCUUCCUGCAGGGACGGAUCCCGCAAUCGCGGCUCUGCGGUGACACCGGGGGACAACGCGGGGGUCCCCGCAGCCCCCGGGAUGGAGGAGCGGAGGAGGAAGCGCAGCCCCAGGACCUGCCUGGCCCAGCCGGCGCCCCCCGGGGCCCCGCGCCCGCUGCCCCCCAGCAAGAGCACGACCUUCGCGCUGCCCCUGCCCACCUUGCCCUCGCCCCGGCAGCGCGCCCGGCUCCGCAGGACCAGCAAGGAGCGGGCGCGGGCGGGCGCGGGGGGGUCCCGGGGGGCCCCACUCCAGCACAGCUUCCUCACGGACGUGUCCGACGUGUGCGAGAUGGAGGGGGGGCUGCUCAGCCUCCUCAGCGACUUCCACUCGGGAAAACUGCAGGCGUUCGGUGAGGGAACAGGGACUGGGGCACAGGGGGUCCCAGCUGGGUGCCGGUGCCUCAUUAAACCGGCGGGGGGGAGGUGUUUGGGGGGCUCUCUGGGGCCCGAGGGGGCUCUCCCAGCUCCAGCGGCUCCGCAGGCCUGUGCCAGGGGGUUCCUGCUGCGGCGGCGGCUCCGGCGGGCGCGGGAGGAUUUCGAGGCGGCCGUGCUGGAGAUCGACGGGGACCUGCGGGAGCUGCGCUGGGCGGGGCAGUUCCUGCUGCGGCCGAGCUUCGGCCCCGACCCCCGCGGGCCCGCCCAGCCCACGCCAGGGCAGCCCUUGGAGCCCCAGGAGACCAGCACCAAAAACCCUCUGGAGGAGCCUGAACCCCCUGAACCAGAUGGGACCCCCCCAGCCCCCCUGCAGGGCAGGACAGCCCCGACCCCCACGGGCCCAGAGAACACCCUGAGCCCCCCAAAUGUGGGGGUUGAGGGUGACAAAGGCACGGAAAAGGAGAGCGAGGAGUGGGACAACGACAGCGGCGAGACCUCGGUGUGGGACAGCUCUGACCUGGGCACAGAGACCCUCGGAGCCCACCCGGAAAUCCCUCUGGGGGACCUUCCCCAGACCCGCUCCGGGCUCCAGGCCUACAGGACCCACCUGCUCAUGGAGCUCAUGUGGCUGCAACAGGCCAUUGCCAGCAGGAAAAACUUCUUGAUGCUGAAGCGGAAGCUGGGGAUUCCUGAGUCCUUGGAAGGCAUUCCCAACCCCCUGGAUUGGUGUGGGGAGGCCGUGGAGCUGCAGCACCACGGGUGACCUCAGGGGAGCUCCAGCUCCGUGGGUUGAUGGUUUUAACUUCAGCAGAAUGUGGCAAGAAAGCCUCUUAGUUCUUGUAGGUGUGAAUGUUUGGUCAGAGCAGGAUUAAACACUGUGGAGCCAGGGAGGUUGUGGUGUGUGCUGGAGGAAUUCCCAGUGAGGAUCCUUCCACAAGGACCCCAUUCCUGUUGGCUGAGCUGGGUGAUCCAGGGGGGGGAAAUGGAGGAUGGGAAGAUUUUUCACUUACAGAAGGUGCUUUUGGACUGAAAUGCCUGAAGGCAGCAGGUGCUGGGACCUGCAGGAACAGCCUGUUCCCCUCUGAACUGUGUGGGAAUCUGAGCUGUGUGUUUGGGAGGGCUCUGCACUUCACACCUCUGCAAUAUCCAGGAUCUCCAAGUGCCCGCCGUGGAUUUUGGGAACACUGGACCAGUGCCUCAGGGAGGUUGGGAAGUGCUCUAUCUGUUCCUGUAGCUCAGGAACAUUCCAAGUCCCUGGAAAAGGGACUUUCCAUGUGGUGCUGUGGUUCCCCCCCGUGAUUCCUCCUCUGCAUUCCUGCUGCCUGAACAGCCUCUGUUGCCAGGUGGCAGAUGGAUCCCUCUGUUCCAGAAUAGAUCCCCACUUGUUUGUGAAUAAAAAGCUUUCCUAAUGCUCCUC